AUGGCCAUUCUCAAAAUGGAGUUUUUUCACGUUGUCGACCCCGUGACACUGGCACCGGUGUCGUACGCGCGCGUGGCGCUGGAGCUGGCACUGGCCGUCGUCUGUACAGUGCUACUCGGUGCGUGCUUGCAAGUUUUGCCCGAGAGGCUGCUGCGCUACUCCCAGACUGCCCGUGCUAAGGUGCCGCGUGAGGCCGUAGCAGUGGGGGCCGCAGCUGCGGCCACCAAGCCUGCCAUGCUAAAGAAGCUUUCCACCACCGCCUCGGCCACUCCCUCUCCCUCUUCCACGGCACCUCCGGCGCCGCCGAAGACAGCUCCCUCAGCGCCUCCGGCUGCUCUGGCAGAGCGCACCCUGGACGACGUCCUGGAGUCGUUCUUCGAAGGGGAGAGUCUUCUCACCGAGGCCCUAAUCGACGCCACGGCGCACUCUUCGACACCAACGGAGGAGACGCCGCCAGCUAACACGACAGCUGGGAAGCCCACUCAACCGUCCCCCCCCAAAACGAGCGACUUCUCCAGCGACCUGGCCGCCAAAAUGACCAGAGGACUGCAAAGCCAGGCGCGCCUUGCCACCGCUGCUCCUCCUCCCAAGAGGGCAUCAAAGCUGCAGGAGACAGGCGACACGGCCGAUAAGCGGCUAGAGGACGCUCUGGACGCAUACAUGGAGGAGGAGCAACUGCUGGAUGAGGCAGUGCUGGACAGCGCGCUUGAAGCGGCACAUACAACGUAA